AUAGGGGCGGAGCCGAGUGAGAAUGUGGAAAGCGCCGCAUCCCGGGUGGGGGGCGAGGCUUCCCUUUCCCCGCCCCUCCCCCGGCCUCCAGUCCCUCCCAGGGCCGCUUCGCCAAGCUGCUAGGAGCACGGCGGCGGCAGCGGCACUUUCUCCCGCAGGAGCUGGAGCUGGGCUCUGGUGCACGCGCGGCUGGGCCGCCCGAGCCGGAGGGACUGGUUGGUUGGGAGAGCGAGAGGGAAUCCCGGGCUGCCGAAUCGCACAUUCAGCCCGCUCCGCUCCUGCAGGGCAGCCCUUCGGCUCUCUGCGUGCGGAGCCGAGUCCCGGGCGGGUGGGGCGGGGGUCCACUGAGACCGCUACCGGCCCCUCGGCGCUGACGGGACCGCGCGGGGCGCACCCUCUGAGGGCAGCUCCGGGGUUAGCGGCCCGGACCUGGUCCUGCGCAGCGGGCGCGGGGCAGCGCAGUGGGAGGAAGCGAGAGGUGCUGCCCUCCCCCCGGAGUUGGAAGCGCCUUUCCCAGGUCCAAAAUGCCCAAGAAGAAGCCGACGCCCAUCCAGCUGAACCCGGCCCCCGACGGCUCCGCGGUUAACGGGACCAGCUCUGCGGAGACCAACUUGGAGGCCUUGCAGAAGAAGCUGGAGGAGCUAGAGCUUGAUGAGCAGCAGCGAAAGCGCCUUGAGGCCUUUCUCACCCAGAAGCAGAAGGUGGGAGAACUGAAGGAUGACGACUUUGAGAAGAUCAGUGAGCUGGGGGCCGGCAAUGGCGGUGUGGUGUUCAAGGUCUCCCACAAGCCUUCUGGCCUGGUCAUGGCCAGAAAGGUGAGUUUGCCUGAUGGAGGUUCUCUGGAUCAAGUCCUGAAGAAAGCUGGAAGAAUUCCUGAACAAAUUUUAGGAAAAGUUAGCAUUGCUGUAAUAAAAGGCCUGACAUAUCUGAGGGAGAAGCACAAGAUCAUGCACAGAGAUGUCAAGCCCUCCAACAUCCUAGUCAACUCCCGUGGGGAGAUCAAGCUCUGUGACUUUGGGGUCAGCGGGCAGCUCAUCGACUCCAUGGCCAACUCCUUCGUGGGCACAAGGUCCUACAUGUCGCCAGAAAGACUCCAGGGGACUCAUUACUCUGUGCAGUCAGACAUCUGGAGCAUGGGACUCUCUCUGGUAGAGAUGGCGGUUGGGAGGUAUCCCAUCCCUCCUCCAGAUGCCAAGGAGCUGGAACUGAUGUUUGGGUGCCAGGUGGAGGGAGAUGCGGCUGAGACCCCACCUAGGCCAAGGACCCCCGGGAGGCCCCUUAGCUCAUAUGGAAUGGACAGCCGACCUCCCAUGGCAAUUUUUGAGUUGUUGGAUUACAUAGUCAACGAGCCUCCUCCAAAAUUGCCCAGUGGAGUUUUCAGUCUGGAAUUUCAAGAUUUUGUGAAUAAAUGCUUAAUAAAAAACCCCGCAGAGAGAGCAGAUUUGAAGCAACUCAUGGUUCAUGCUUUUAUCAAGAGAUCUGAUGCUGAGGAAGUGGAUUUUGCAGGUUGGCUCUGCUCCACUAUCGGCCUUCACCAGCCCAGCACACCAACCCAUGCUGCUGGCGUCUAAGUGUUUAGGAAGCAGCAAAGAGCGAGUCCCCUGCCCAGUGGUUUGCCAUGUCACUUUCAGGCCUCCUUCCCAUGCCUGUCUCUGUUCAGAUGUGCAUUUCACCUGUGACAAAGGAUGAAGAACACAGCAUGUGCCAAGAUUCUACUCUUGUCAUUUUUAAUAUUACUGUCUUUAUUCUUAUUACUAUUAUUGUUCCCCUAAGUGGAUUGGCUUUGUGCUUGGGGCUAUUUGUGUGUAUGUUGAUGAUCAAAACGCGUGGCAGGCUGAAUUACAGUUAAAUUUUGGUGACUGUGGGUAGUCAUUCUUACAAUUGCACUGCUGUUCCUGCUCCAUGACUGGCUGGCUGCCUGUAUUUUCGGGAUUCUUUGACAUUUGGUGGUACUUUAUUCUUGCCGGGCAUACUUUCUCUCUGAGUAGGAGGGAGCCUUGUGAGAUCCUUCACAGGCAGUGCAUGUGAAGCAUGCUUUGCUGCUAUGAAAAUGAGCAUCAGAAAGUGUACAUCAUGUUAUUUUAUUAUUAUUAGCUUUUCAUGUAGAAUUCAGCAGUUUACAUCCAAAUCUAGCCAGAGCCCUUCACUGCCAUGAUAGCUGGGGCUUCACCAGUCUGUCUACUGUGGUGAUCUGUAGACUUCUGGUUGUAUUUCUAUAUUUAUUUUCAAUAUACUGUGUGGGAUACUUAGUGGUAUGUCUCUUUAAGUUUUGAUUAAUGUUUCUUAAAUGGUGGAAUUAUUUUGAAUGUCACAAAUUGAUCAAGGCAUUAAAAGGUCAGAUUUAUCUUUCCCCAUAUCCAAGUACCAAUGCUGUUGUAAACAACGUGUAUAGUGCCUAAAAUUGUAUGAAAAUCCUUUUAACCAUUUUAACCUAGAUGUUUAACAAAUCUAAUCUCUUAUUCUAAUAAAUAUACUAUGAAGUUUAAAAAAAAAAGGAUGAAAGCUA